AUGGAAGAAUUCAAACUUAAGGAAUGGACGUUUAUUACUCUUGGAGCACUUUUUUCUAUUCAAAGUCUUUUGUGGCUUAGCAAACAUUGGAAUGUUCGUGUAAAGACAUUACUGACAACGAAAUUUUGUCGUGAGAUCGAACGUGCACAAUUAAUUCGUGUUACUCCAUUUAAUGAUGAUUUGCUUCCAGAAAUAUCAUUUUUAUUUCAAAAAAAGAAAUUUGUAUAUUCAUAUGAAGAAAAAAAAUUUCAAGAGCUUUCAUUUAGGAUUAAUUCGAAACUUCUUAUAAAAGAUUUACAACAUAUGAAAGGAUUGACAUCAGAUAAGUUAAUUGAAUACGCCAAACAUCAUUACGGAUAUAAUCGAUUUGAUAUUCCUAUUCUUACAUUUAUUGAUUUGUUUAAAGAGCAUGCUGUCGCACCAUUUUUUGUUUUUCAAGUUUUUUGUGUUGCACUUUGGUGUCUUGAUGAAUAUUGGUAUUAUUCUUUGUUCACAUUAUUCAUGUUGAUAUUAUUUGAAUCAACUGUAGUCUGGCAAAGACAACGAACGCUUACUGAGUUUCGAACAAUGUCUAUUAAACCGUAUCAGAUUUAUGUUUAUCGAAAAUUUCAUUGGAUACAAAUCAUGACAGAUGAGCUAUUGCCGGAUGAUAUUGUAUCUGUUUCUACUUCCGAAGAAGAGCACGAUGUACCUUGUGAUAUGAUUUUAUUAUCUGGUAGUUGCGUUGUGAAUGAAGCAAUGCUAAGUGGUGAAUCUACACCUCUUUUAAAAGAGAAUAUUUCUCUUAGAGAUCCUGAAUCGGAUUUUGAUAUUAAUGAUCUUGAUAAAAAUUCUUUAUUGUUUGGGGGUACUAAAAUUCUUCAAAUAUUGCCUUCAACAGAUUCGACAAUCCCCCUUGCUCCUAAUAAAGGUGUAUUAGCAAUUGUGACAAAAACAGGUUUUGAAACCCAACAAGGUAACCUUGUGAGGACUAUGAUAUAUUCCACAGAAAGAAUUAGUGCAAAUAAUCUUGAAAGUUUGUUUUUUAUUUUAUUUCUCCUUGUUUUCGCAAUAGCAGCUAGUUAUUAUGUUUGGACGAAAGGUGUUGAAAAUAAUAGAAAUAGAUACAAACUUCUUCUUGAUUGUAUUUUAAUUAUAACAUCAGUUGUUCCUCCAGAACUUCCUAUGGAACUUUCAUUGGCUGUUAACUCUUCUCUUGCUACUUUAUCCAAACUAGCCAUUUUUUGUACUGAACCGUUUAGAAUACCAUUUGCAGGAAGAAUUGACGUUUGUUGUUUUGAUAAAACGGGCACGUUGACCGAGGAUGAUCUUAUAGUAAAAGGAGUUGCAGGUCUUGGUGAUAAUUUAGAAGAACUUAUCGAUGUUAAUUCAGUAUCAAAAGAAACUAUGUUAGUCCUUGGAACAGCACAUUCUCUAAUCAGACUCGAAGACGAUAAGAUUGCAGGCGAUCCUAUGGAGAAGGCAACAUUAGAUGCAUUAAAAUGGAAACUUGAAAAAAACAAUAUCAUAAAGUCUCCUCAUAAAAAUUUUCAAGAAAAUAAAAUAGAAAUUGUUCGAAGAUUUCAAUUUUCAUUAGCCUUAAGGCGUCAAUCGACUAUAGUAACAAUACUUGAUCAAAAAUGUAAAAGAUUUUUUGUAGCAGUAAAAGGAGCACCAGAAGUACUUCAAGAAAUAUCAGUUGUUCCAGAAAAUUAUGAAAAUGUUUAUAAAUAUUUCACAAAAAAUGGUAGUCGUGUUUUAGCUCUUGGUUAUAAAUUUCUUAAAGAUCGAAUGAGUAUUUCUGAAAUAAAUUCUCUUUCAAGAAAUGAAGUAGAAAGCGAUUUAGUAUUUGCCGGAUUUCUUGUAUUUGGCUGCUCUUUAAAGAAAGAUGCUGCCAGUACAAUUAAAAUGUUAAACGAAUCUUCUCACAGAGUGAUUAUGAUUACCGGUGAUAAUCCGCUUACUGCAUGUCAUGUUGCUCGUGAAGUCUAUAUAAUCGAAAGAGACGUUCUAGUGCUGGAUACUCCUAGUGAUAUUUCUAAUUAUACUUCAGAUCUUUGUUGGAAAAAUAUUGACGGGGAUGCAAUUAUGCCGGUUAAUAUUAAUGAUCCUAUUGAUAAAACUUUAUUUGAAAAAUAUGACAUAUGUGUUACUGGAUGUGCUCUUUCGAAAUACAGUGGUUCAGAUCAAAUAAAUGACCUACUAAGACACACUUGGGUCUAUGCAAGAGUCUCUCCUGCACAAAAGGUAAAUACCUUGACUCUGGGAAACAUUAUAACUUUUCAGGAAUACAUCUUGACAUCUUUAAAAGACGCUGGUUACAUUACUCUUAUGUGUGGCGACGGUACAAACGACGUUGGCGCCCUCAAACAGGCACAUAUUGGUGUUGCUCUUCUCAACGGGACUGAAGAUACUCUAAAACGGAUUGCUGAGCAUACACGCAAUCAGAAAUUAAAAGAAAUCUAUGAAAAACAAGUCAGGAUACUUGCUCGAUUUAACAAACCACCUCCGCCUGUUCCUCUGCAGAUUGCAUACCUCUAUCCCGAAGGCCCCUCCAACCCUCAUCGUCAGGCUUCAAUCCUUGCUCGCUCUAAGGAACUUAAGGGUUCUAAAGACUCUUCAGCUGACAAUCUCUCGGUUUCACAAAAUAACUCUAUGAAGAAACAUGAAAACCUCACAGAAACCCUCUUAUCAACGCUUACUCAUCUCGAUGAUGAGAAUGAACCCCCUACUCUUAAACUCGGUGAUGCUUCCUGUGCUGCACCUUUUACCUCAAAACUUUCUAAUGUUGUGGCAAAUGUACAAAAUCCUCGCACUCAACUGCCUCAUCUCGGCUUACAGUCUUUCUGUCCUUUACCUCGAUGGUAUCAAGUUUGGAGAUGGUCAGGUCACUUUGUCCGGUAUGCUCAUGUCUGCUUGCUUUUUAUACAUCUCCAAAGCCAAGCCUGUUCACGAGCUUUCCAGAGAACGUCCACAGUCCAACAUCUUCAAUCUCUAUAUUGUCGGCUCCAUUCUCGGCCAAUUCUUUGUUCACGUUGUCGCCCUUGUCUUUAUCAAGUAUUAUGUCGCUCUCUUCGAGUAUCAUACUGUUUUGACCGCUUCCUUUUUGCUGAUGUUGGCGUCAGGCCUCCGUAUGCCGUUAAUCUCGAGUCUGAUUUAUCUUCUCCAGUUCAUGCAGCAGAUCUCGACGUUUACCGUCAACUAUCAGGGGCGGCCAUUCAGACAAUCUAUCCGUGA